CAGGUUUCACAUUUUGGAGACGAAGAAGAAACGCAGUACCUGACAGAAAAUGGCUGACAGGGAGUGUGGGGUUAAUUUCCUUCGGCUCCAAGCACAGUUUUAAAGAUGUCCUACGUUUGAGUAUGCACUGCUGCAUUUAGCAUAACGUUAGAAACAUAAUGUUUAAAAGGGCGAAACGAGCUAACUUUCGACGGAGGAAUGAGUCCGACGAGGAUGAACAGGAAGAGAGUCGGCAGCCGCCACUCGCGCCCACAUCGCUUGGGCCUGUCGUGGAGGAAAUCCCGUUUAUGGAGACAUCCAGUAACAGCGUAACCGGAGCACCUAGCAGCACGGAUAACUAUCAUAGCAACGGCUUUCAAGCUAAUGUUAACAGUAUACGAGCUGUCAAGAAAGAAAAGAAAGGCAAAGAUACAGCUAACGUUAACGUUGCGAUGCCUGGGCCCACUAAAGCCAGUUUGCUGAGUUUCGACGAUGAAGAAGAAGGAUCCGAGGUGUUCAGAGUGAAGAAAUCCAAUCACAGCAAGAAGAUUGUCAAACAGCUGAAGAAGGAAUACAAGGAGGAUUUGGAGAAGUCUGGAUGUGUCAAACAGGAUAUCAAAUCAGAUGCUCCACCUCAGUCUGCGGUUGCCAUCAAAGAGGAAGUUACUAGCACAGCAGGUAGUGAACAGGGGGAAGAAGAAAUGGAGGUGGACAGUGCUGAUGAGCAGGAGGAAGAGGCGAGGGGUCAAGGUGGCCUGGCACAUAGUCAAGUCUCCAAGAGCAAAAACACCGGAGCAACGUUCAACACGCUUUCCUCCCUCGGCAGCCUGAGACCAGGGGAGAUCCCCGAUGCAGCAUUCAUCCAUGCUGCCAGAAAGCGCCGGCAACUGGCUAGAGAGCUGGGGGGUGACACUCCUCUGGUAGAGACAGACACUCCCAAGAAAGGUUUGGUAGGAGAAGACCAAGAUGCCAGCGAUGACGAAGACGAGGAUGAGAAGAGGAUCCGCUUCAGUGGAGUCAAGAACAAAAGCCAGAGGCAAAAGAUAGCUGAGGAGAUAGGUAUUGAGGGUAGUGAUGACGAGGCACUGGAUACAGGUCAGGAUGAGGAGGUGAGCCGUUGGGAGCAGGAGCAGAUUAGGAAAGGAAUCAGCAUACCCCAGGUCCAAAGCAACCAGCCAGAGGACAACACAGUCUACUACCAGAACAGCUAUGAGAGCCAGCCCUAUGGCUCGUCCUACAGCAUGCCGUUCACCUACAGCACUGUGGCCCCUCAGACUGGCAAGCCAACUGGCCAAGCAGACAAUGGUUCUGUUCACUACGGAGUCCCUAUUAGUGAUCUAACGCCAGUAUCCAUUGAUCUGGUCAAGAAACGCCUGCAUGAUAGGCUCAGCCAAAUGUGUGCCAGCCACAACGCAAAUGCCAAGCGCUACAAACAGAUCGAAGAAGACCUAGCUGCCUCUGAGAGCACCAUACAGCAGCUGGAGGGCUCAUCCAAUGACAAUGCAGAUCAAUAUAAAUUCUUGCAAGAGAUGCGAGGGUAUGUUGGAGACUUGCUUGACUGUUUCAGUGAAAAGGUUCCUGCUGUCCUGGAGCUGGAGGCUGCCAUGCACCAGUUACUAAGGCAACGGGCUUCACGACUUGUCCAGAGAAGACAGGAUGAUAUUAAAGAUGAAUCGUCGGAGUUUGCAAGCCUUUCAAAUAAAGCUGUCAUGGCUCCUAAUCUAGACUCAUUUGGUCGAGACCGCAUAGCAUACCAAGAGCAUGGUCGUCAGAGGAGGAUAGCAGAAAGAGAAGCGCGACGAACUCGGCGGCGACAAGCGAGAGAGCAAAAUGGAAAGAGGGCUGAGCAUAAAGAAGGCUUAUCAUCUGAUGAUGAGGAAACCUCUACUGACAUCACCAGCUUCAACAUGGAGAGAGAUCGUAUCAUCAGGGAAUGCAAGAAAGUAUUUGAGGAUGCGGUGGAGGACUUUCAUUCUCUUGACUGCAUCAAAUCCCAUUUUGAAGUGUGGAGGAGAGACUAUGCCGACUGCUACAGAGAUGCUUAUAUAGGCCUCUGUCUGCCCAAACUCUUUAACCCUUUAGUCCGGCUGCAACUGAUUACAUGGAACCCUCUUGAGGCGCAGUGUGCAAAUUUCGAGUACAUGCUCUGGUUUGAGUCGCUGUUGUUUUACGGCUUUGAAGAGCACAGCACUUUGCAGAGAGGAGAUGGGGAUAUCAGCUUGCUGCCUGCUAUUGUGGAGAAGGUCAUCCUCUCCAAACUGACAGUGUUGGCAGAGCAAGCGUGGGACCCGCUGUCGAGCAGUCAGACAGCCAAUCUGGUGGCCUUCAUUCACAGACUAAUAAAAGGUUACCCCACUGUGCUGCAUGGGGACAACCGAUACACACAGGAGCUUUUGAAAACUAUAGUCUUAAGGACCAGGCGGACUCUGGAUGAAGAUGUCUUUCUUCCACUCUACCCCAAAAAUGUGUUGGAGAACAAGAAUAGCGGUCCUUACUUAUUCUACCAGAGGCAGUUCUGGUCCUGUGUGAAGCUGCUGGGCAACAUCCUGCAGUGGGAAGGGAUCUUAUCCAGUUCCUGUCUGAGGGAUUUGGCUUUGGACAGCACUCUGAAUAGAUAUAUCCUCUCUGCACUGCAGACCACAGAUACUGGGGAGGACAAUGCUCAGAAGUGCCAGAAGGUGGUGGAGUGUUUGCCAGUGCAGUGGUUCUCUGGGAUUAAGGGCCAGCAGACGUUGCCUCAGUUGGAGCCAUUCUGUCGCUACCUCACCCACCUGGCCAGCUCAUUGCACCGCAGCAGUUUGGGCGGAUCUGAUGUGGAACGGCGCACUGCCAAAGACCAAAUCAAAGAGGUUGUGAAGAUGUUGGGCCACAUGAAUGCCCUGGACCACAUCAUCACUGUGGCAGCCGAACAUGGCAUUAAAGACAUCAAGCCACUUUUGGAAGCCAAGUCGUAGAGGCAGACAUGGCAACGGCAACUUUUCAUUCAUCUUUUGUUGUGUUCAGCACAGUUGAAGCCAUGGGAUCAUUAAGUUGGAUUCCUGGAAAAAGUGUGCAUAAAUAAAAUCCAACAGUUGUUACCUUUUGCUGAAAAGAGAAGGUAAAAAAACCUUGGUGUAAAUAUUGUGAAUAAUGUAUAGAAAGGUGUGCUCAUACACACAUCAACACAAGACCAAUGCUGAAAUGAGGCCAUGUAUUGUCAGCUCAAAAAGACCACUCAGUUAUACUACAUGCUGGCAAUAUUUUAAAUGCUUAAUUUAUUAAGAGUAAACAAUUGUUGACAUGGAUUACUGGCAUCUGUUUGGGAAAACGUCUCAUCUCUAAAUUUACACUAUAUUCAACCUGGCUAUCUGUAAAAACUGCUUAACCCCCUUUAUUUCUCACAUACUCUUCUUUUCCGUAUGUGCCAAAAGAAUCUUCAAGUUGGCCAAAAGGUAGAAAUUGCACACUUUCAAAGACUGACAACCAACUCGUCUCCCAGCUCUUUGAUCCCCAAUUCAUCCCACAGUACUCCUCUGUUACCUAUGGACUACCCUGAUGACCCUGCCAGAGCUGAGAGCUUUGCAUUCAGAUUUGUAAGACUUUUUGUUUUAGUAUUUUGUUUGCCUGUGAAUAAAACAUUAAUUUGAA